CAAUUUUUCUUCAAUAAUUGUGAUAUCAUUCAUGACAGUAAACUUUGGGCUUCAAUCAUACAUUGUCUUUGUCCUUUUUUCACAUGCCAUAAACUUCUUUUUCCAACAGAUGACAACUCAAUUGCUCAUCAAUUAUAUUUAUAAAUAAAUACCAGUUCCGUUUUUAAUAUUAGCAAUUGAAACACCAACUAAUUAAAGCAAGAAAAAAUUGUAAUAUGAAUAGUUGAUAACUUGAUUUGGCAAAAAGAAAAGAUGAAAGAAUUGUUAGCCAACACCCAUAAUGUAAUUUUAUACUGUAACAAAAACAAUGUCUCUAAGUAGGAUUAAAUUUUAUUGAUCUUGUUAUUUAGUUUAAACUUAUUUUAGUAAUAAUAAUAUCAAAAAGUUUUUUGUUUUUUGUGGAUUGAGGUGUGUGUGUAUUUUAUAUAAAAUAUGCAAGUACUCACAUGGUUUGUGUUGUACAUGUUCCCUCCCCUAUAUAAAAGAGAGAGAUGGAGUGUUAAAGAAGAGAGAGAUAUUAUUAUGGGUUUGAAGAAUGACUUGGUGGUGUACACAAGAUUAGAAUGUGAGAGCUGUGAGGAAAUGACUUGUUGUAUAGAGAAAGCUAAAGAAGAAGGAGCAGAUCUGGUGGAGCUUUGCAUUGACGACUUCACUUUCUCUGACAUUUCACAACUUGAAGAACUACUCAAGCAAAGAAGUUUACCAUCCAUAGUUUCUUUCAGGCCAAAAUCUCCGAUAAAUUCUGAGGGCAAGAAAACAUGUAUCCAAGUUCUCAAAUUAGCUGUGGAAUUGGACGUUGAGUUCGUCGAAGUCGACACUCAGGUUGUCUGCCAUCAAGUGGUUGCUGAAUUGAUGAAGAGCCGAUCAAAUAGCAAAAUAAUUGCUUCUACUUAUGUCAAUGGUGGAAACCCUACUAAAGACACACUUUGUAAUUCCAUCAUAAACCUGCAGUCCACAGGAGCAGAUAUCAUCAAACUUGUCAUUGAUGUAGCUUAUAUUACAGACGUUGCACCAGUUUUCCAUAUGCUUACACAUUCUCAGGUCCCUCUAAUUGUUAGGGCAGCAGGGGAUAGAGGACUUAUAAGCCAACUAUUGGGUCCAAAAUACGGUGCUUUCUUUGUUUGUGGAUCUUUGGGAGGCAAAUACACCCCUGGCUUGCCAUCUUUGACCACCAUUAAACAGGUUUAUAAACUCCAAUAUGUCAACCCAGAUACUAGAAUUUUUGGUGUUAUCUCAAAUCCUGUUGGCCAUAGCAAGGGACCCCUUCUACACAACCCCGCCUUUAGGCAUACAGGAUACAAUGGAAUAUAUGUCCCACUACUAGUUGACAAUGUCAAGGAAUUCUUUCGGGUUUUCUCAUGCAAUGACUAUGCUGGUUUCAGUGUUGGUAUCCCACAUAAGGAAGCAGCAGUACGGUGUUGUGAUGAAGUUGAUCCACUUGCUAAGUCUAUAGGAGCUGUAAACACAAUUAUAAGGAGGCCUUCUGACGGCAAGCUCAUUGGUUAUAAUACAGAUUGUGAGGCUUGUGUGACGGCAAUUGAAGAUGCACUUAGAGAGAGACAAAAGACCAAUGGCCAUGCAUCAAAUGUUUCUCCAAUUGCUGGGAAAUUGUUUGUAUUAGUUGGGGCAGGUGGUGCAGGGCGAGCUAUUGCUUUUGGUGCCAAAAGCAGAGGGGCAAGGGUUGUAAUAUUCAACCGCAAAUAUGAGAGAGCAAAAGCUCUGGCUGCAGCAGUAUCCUGUGACGCUUUGCCAUAUGAACAUCUGAAUGAUUUCUGCCCUGAGAAGGGAAUGAUUCUUGCAAAUGCUUCUGCUGUGGGCAUGCAGCCAAAGUCUGAUCAAACUCCUAUCUCAAAGGAGGCAUUGAGAUCAUACGAACUAGUAUUUGAUGCGGUUUACACACCUAGAAAUACACGGUUAUUGCAGGAAGCUACAGAGGUUGGAGCUACAGUGGUGAGUGGGGUUGAGAUGUUUGUCCGGCAGGCACUUGGGCAGUUUAAAUUGUUCACCAAUGGAUUAGCACCAGUAGAUUUUAUGCGGAGGAUUGUAUAUGAGCAAUUUUGAUUCAUUUAGAAGAAAAUCAGGAUGAUAUUUGACAACUCCAUAGAAGACGAGGUUUCUGAAAAAAUUCUUAUGAUUUACAUGGGAUAUAUGUAAAUAAAUUAUGAUUGUAAUAGUAGGAAGAAACAUAUAUCCCAUAAAGGGCAAUAAUACUUGUUAUGUUAGAUGAUGAAAAUUACUGGAACAUGAUUCAUACAGCUGCUGAUGUUAUUAUGCAUUUGAUUGAAAAAACAAUUGUAAAAAUUAAGAAUGAAAUUCCUUGUUAUUGGAGGCAAGGCAUUAAACAAAAACAGAGAGAUGCAUUCAUGGCAA